GCGGCGACGAUCUGACGCGCGGCGUGGAGAAUCGAAGUUGAUACUCCAUCCACUAUAACCAACGCCGAGAAAAAGGGGCAAAAAACACGGCGCAUCUGCAUUUACGCCAACCCACGACGCGCUGCCCUCCCCCUCCACCGCCGUUUCUACCGACCGACUCCAUCCUCCUGCUCGGCUGCUCCUGUCCUCCUCCAGAUCCCAAAUCUCCAUCGUCGCCUCCCUCCCCCAUCAAGCAAGCAAGCAAAAACCCCACCGCCGGCGCCAUGCACCCGGCGUCCUCUUCCUCCUCAGCGGCGCACCCGCCCGACGGCGACCGCCCCAACGCCAAGGCCCCGCCGCCUCCCGGCCCCGCCAUGGGCUACCCGGCCAACGCCGCGCCCAACCCCGGCAACGCCAGCUCCGCCUACUACGCCGCGGCGCCGCCCCCCGUCGCCAACGGCAACGGCGCGGCCGCCUUCGGCGUCCUACCAGGCGGCCCCGCCGCCGCCGCCCACCUGCCUGCGCCGCCUCCUCGCGCUCGUCGUCGCCGCCUUCCUCCUCCUCGGCGCCGGCACCUUCAUCGUCUGGCUCCUCCUCCGCCCGCGCGCGCCCGCCUUCUCCCUCUCCGCCCUCACGCUCUCCCGCGUCGCCUACUCCCCGGCCAACUCCUCCCUCUCCGCCGCCUUCGACGCCUCCCUCCUCGCCGACAAUCCCAACUCCAAGCUCACCAUCUCCUACUCCUCCCUCGUCGCCUACGUCGACCUCGCCCCCUCCUCCCCCAUCGCCGUCACCUCCCUCGCGCCCUUCGCGCAGGGGCCCCGGAACUCCACCACGCUCGCCUUCCGCCUCGACGUCGACGGGACAUACGUCGGGCCCGACGAGGCCGCUGCGCUCAAGAGCGGCAACGGGGGCACCAUGGAGGUCCAGGUGAGGCUCGCGGCCAUCGCCGUCUUCGAUAGAGGGGGCUGGCGCACCCGCCGGAGGGCCAUGAGGGUGCUGUGCGAUGGAGUGCCCGUCACAUUCCGUGGGAAGAACGCCACCGACGCAAAAUUUGAUGGCCCGGCACGCCGCUGCCAAGUCGUCUUGUGAAGGAUUGUUCACGGCUGUAACUACUCCAGAUGUUGAUCUAAGGGACCAUCUUCAAUAGGUACGAGAAGUUAGCUGAUCUUAUAAGACGCUGGCCAGACACCGAUUCAUGAGUAAUAGCUGGGUAACUUCAGUUUACCUGCCUGCCCAUAGAAUCUGUGACCAGGAAGAGUCUGAAAUGAUGCUUAAUUGAUAGUAUGUGUCAUUUUCACCUAUUAUAUCAUAGCUUCAAGAUGGGUGGACAUUGAAUAUACCGAGUGUGCAUUUGGGAAAUGCUUGGCAAGAAUGAUUAUCCCUGGUUGCUAAUUUCCCCCAAGUGAGAACCUCAAUCAUGUAUGGAUCCUUAGGGGGGGGCUUCAUAUCAUACUUUAAUGUACUUGCGCUUGAAACAGGCUCUAAUCACUUAUUGUGCGUAUAUUUGAA